UGAAGAAUUAAUUCGAGAAAAAUAAAAAAAAAAAAUUAAUAAAAUAUGAUAAAGUUUGUAAUUCUAUCGAUUAUUUGUUAUUUUGUGCCAAAAGUUUGGGGUGAUUGCGUCUUACGAAUACCGGAGAAUAAAGAAAAUGUUCCGUUGUGGGAAAAGAAAAUCGGAGAUAGUUGGUUUAAAAUUCCUUACGUAAGCGAUCACUUACAGUUGCAAAAAGACGAAGUCGUUAAUGGUUAUUGUGCUACAAAAUUUAAGGAAAUUGCUUAUGACGUUUCGGUCGCAGUACACUGUAAGCCACAUGAUCGUGAUUGUCCACGAUUGCUGCGCACGCGUACAGAUACAAAACAUGUCAUCCUAAAUGAACGAAAUAUGACGCUUGUCUGUGCAGGCAAUGGAUUGCAAUAUAAAUCAGAUAUUCUUGGCGAUCAUCCGUUAGCGUGCGAUGAUAUUGAAUGGACAAUAAAUGUGGAAGCAAAUCAAAAUGACGAUAGUCGUACGUUUUGGUGUAAAUCCGAUCAUCAAAUAUUCGAUUUGCGAACAAACAAUUUGGAUCAAAAUCGUCUUUUAGCAAAAAUUUGCUUCCGUUUCUCAUUACAAUCCAUCAAGUAUAAAAGUAUUAAACGCAAAUCCGAAUCAUGGAAUGAAAAGAAAUUGUUGCCUGUUGUCAUAACUGACUUGCCGGAAGUGACAACACCAUCUAGCGAAGUGAAAUUUCUAAAUACCACAAUUCUUUAUGCUGGAAAUGAAGCUGUGCAAAGUUACUUUAAAAUGUUAAACGAGAGAAAUCCUUGGUUAAAUUUGGCUCAUUACGAAUACGGAAAUAUUGUUCAAGAUGAUCCAUUUAUAAAUUCUUUCAAUCAAUAUAAUCAGCUAUUAGAUAUUCUCUGGUGGACAAAUUUACGUUUAACCAACUGGCAACGCUUCUUGAACGCUUUACAGCAGCAUACAAUUGAUAAUAGUUACGACAUAUAUAUGGGUACACUGAAUGUAGUACAAGUACCCUUAUGGUUAGAUCCCAACGAAUUUGAGUACAUGGAAAUCAAGAAUGGAUUUGUGAAUAGUACAGUACCUCAGUAUAUAUGGACUUAUUUAGAAUCGAGUGAUGGUAAAAAUCCAGAUUUAUAUAUCUUCGCUUAUAAUUCACCCUACGCUAUGUUUUUCAAUUCUAGUAAAGUGAAAUUUUGUUCGGAUAUUUGUGGUGAAAUUGAUUGGUUGAAGAGUGUUCGUCCUUCUUUCGAUUAUUCAAAUUUUGGCAUUAUAUUUUGCUGUACAAAUGUUUCAGUUCAAAAUUCUGAAUACGCAAAACAAUUACCCUAUAAAUUAGCAGAAUCUGAUUUGAAUAUUCGUAACGGAAAUAAUUCUGUACAGGAGGAAAAUAAACAAACAAACGACGGCAAAGAAGGCGUUCCAAAUCAAAAGUUAAAUGAAGAAGAGAAACGAGAAGAAAAUAACGUCAAUGAAAACAAAAUACCAGAAUCGGGCACAACAAAGAAACCGGAGAAACCGAAAAUAGCCGAAGGAGUAAAGAAAACGAAAAGAUUUUAUUGA